AAACGUUAAAAACAAGAGAAAAUAAAACUAAACUUUUUAGAACCAAAAAAAAUAAAAAUAAAACGCAUUUGGGAUUUCUCAUUGUCAUCCCAAGUUCUUGGAACAGCCAAAUACUUUUUCAUUAUUAGUUUAUAAUCGUCUCAUAAAGGCAAAAAGGUUUAUUUCGGAAAUAAGAUGGGAGCAUAUAGAGCAGAAGACGAUUAUGAUUACCUCUUCAAGGUGGUCUUAACCGGAGAUUCCGGCGUCGGGAAAUCUAAUUUGUUAUCUCGUUUCACCAGAAAUGAUUUCAGCCACGACUCACGUGCAACCAUCGGUGUCGAAUUCGCCACACGAAGCAUCCAAUGCGAUGAUAAGAUCGUCAAGGCUCAAAUAUGGGAUACCGCCGGCCAAGAAAGGUACCGAGCCAUCACGAGCGCUUAUUACCGAGGAGCUGUUGGUGCAUUGCUUGUUUAUGACGUGACGCGCCACGUGACAUUCGAGAAUGUUGAGAGAUGGCUAAAGGAGCUUAGGGACCACACGGACGCAAACAUUGUGAUCAUGCUCGUUGGCAACAAAGCUGAUCUUCGUCACCUUCGAGCCAUCUCAACCGAAGAAGCUAAAGCUUUUGCAGAGAGGGAGAAUACCUUUUUCAUGGAGACUUCUGCACUUGAAGCUGUGAAUGUUGAUAAUGCUUUCACUGAAGUUCUCACUCAGAUUUACAGAGUUGUUAGCAAGAAGGCUCUUGAAGCUGGAGAUGAUCCAACCACUGCUUUGCCUAAAGGACAGAUGAUUAAUGUUGGAGGCCGAGAUGAUAUCUCAGCCGUUAAAAAACCUGGUUGCUGCUCUGCAUAGACACACUUCUCACUUUUUUCUUGUACUUUUAUUACUAAACACUAACAUUUUUCAAUAUUUUCCUGCAAAUUUGUAUACAUUCUUGGAAUUAUCAGACAAACAAAGUUCACACUCAAAAGUUUUUUUAGUUUCGGUUCCACUCUUUACAAUCGCUUGCUUCGUGCUCUCUCUGCUUCUACCGAUCGAUGUACUUCUGAAUGUUCAUGAAGAUGUUCCAUUGUUGACGCGCUCCUUUUUCCCCAUCUGCAAAUAGAGGUUAAAACAGCCUAAUCAGUUUAUAUCAUAUGAGCGUGAAAUCUUAAAAAUUGUACUUCAAAAUGUUUCUUUCAACUGUGAGUUUUGUCUAGUAAUGAAAAAGCUAAAGC